AUGCGGCCCCUGCUGUGCGCUCUGGCCGCGCUCGCCCUGCUCCGCGCCGCGGGCGCCGACGCCGCCGACCCCUCCAGAGGAGACGCAGCUCGGAGCACGGGGUGUGACACACACCUGGCUGUCCUCAGCCGCUUGGACGUCCUAGAGGAGAUCAUCAGUGAGGCGGGAGGUGGAGAAGCCCAGCAGCUGGAAGUAAUAGCCCUGCCCGACAGCUCUCCUCUGAGCCUUGCCUCUGGCCUUCCGUCCUCAGCUUUGUGCGAAUAA